CGGGGGUGGGGGUGGGGUAAGAUCGGCGAGCUGCGCGCGUGCGCACAAGCUACCACGCGGGAAGUCCAUCCCUCUGGCCUGGACCCUCAGCAUGGAAGAGAUCGGAUGCCCAGAGGCAGGGCUGGCGGGGCCAGAGGUAGCCGUGGCUACUGAACCCGCGGUGCCCUCCCUGGUGGAUCGAUACUUCACUCGCUGGUAUAAAGCGGAUGUUAAAGGAAAACCCUGUGAGGACCACUGUAUACUACAACACUCCAACCGAAUAUGUGUCAUCACACUGGCAGGAUCCCAUCCCGUUCUUCAGAGUGGCAAAACUAUUCAAAGUAUUUCCUAUCAGAUCAGUACCAACUGCAGCAGGCUUCAGAACAAAGUCUCUGGGAAAUUUAAGCGGGGGGCACAGUUUCUAACAGAGCUCGCCCCGCUGUGUAAGAUAUACUGUUCCGAUGGAGAAGAAUAUACCAUAUCUAGCUGUGUUAGAGGUCGACUGAUGGAAGUGAAUGAAAAUAUUCUUCACCAGCCAUCUCUUCUUCAAGAGAAGCCAUCAACCGAAGGCUACAUUGCAGUUGUGUUACCCAAAUUCGAGGAAAGUAAAAGCGUAACAGAAGGGCUGCUGACACAGCAACAGUAUGAGGAGGUCGUGGUGAAGCGGAAUAAUGCCACAGCCACAUCAUGAGCCUUGAGAUGGAGGGACAGCAUUGGAGUCUCACCCUGCCUGGCCUCAACCCUCACUGCACUGAAGAAAGCCAGCGUAUGGGAAGCAUUCCUCACACGGCCACAGG